AUGAGCACAAUUCUGGGAGGCCUACGUCUUUUCCGUCUUAUCUUUUUAUUUCUAUUAUUCAACACUCUUCUUUUUUGGUCUCUCUCAUCCGUCUCACCUUUUCGCAGUCUUCUUGUCAGCGCAACGCCCUGUCCUGCGUUCCUCGCCUUUUCUUUUAUUGUCUUUUUUAUUCCCCCAUUUCUUUUGACUCUUCUGAUUGCAUAUAUUUGCGCCGGCCAUAUCCAUAAUUGCGCUAUCGCUAUCCUAAUUGUGGAAGAGUGA